ACAGAACCAGACAAACAAAAGGCAACAAAAGAUACUUUGGUAUUUAUUUUAAAUUUCCAAACAUUGCACAAUAUUUAUUUCACUUGAAAAUUAUUAAGGUAAGGUAAAACAUUGCCAACAAGUUAAUUAUUUUUCCAACAGUCAACAGUUCACAACUAAUAAAAAAAACUCAAAAUGUCAAGUCCUUGGGCUAAAAUUGAAAAACCAGAUCCUGUAUGUCUCCAUGAUAUUAUGUCUGAAGAACUCGCGAGAGAUCUACAGGAGAAAGAAGAUAACAAAUUCCUGAAAAACUCAGAAUCACUGCAUGCCUCCAAAGUGGGAGCCCCAACAGCUUCAAUAUCCUCCAAUAUAUUGGUAGAUGAGUUGCAAAAUAUUUCCAAUGAUGAUAGUGAUGCCAUGAUUGCUCGGAUGCUGCAGAUGCAGUUUGACAAAGACUAUGAUGAUGAGUUGAAACGGACUGAAGAGAAGUUUAAUGGAACCUCCAAGGUUACCAUAUCUUUUGAUAAUUAUCGUAGAGCUCCACUUAAUGAUGACUUUGAGAGUGAUCUGGAAGAAGAUGAAGUGGAAGAUGUUAUUGAUAGAAAACAUUGGGACAGAUUUGAAGCCCUUCAUCGUGAAUUGGCUGCAAUGCCACCAUGUGGCUACAAGAUGAAAGAUGGUGAAAUGGUCACAAAACAUGAUGGCGUUAUGAGUGGUAUGAAGAAUGCUUGUAAAUUACUUUCAUUUCCUCCUGAAUUCCGGACUGGAGAUGGAGAAAACUUUGAUCUGAAAUUGUCAAAUAAAGUUUUCAACAGCUUGAAAAUGUAUUCCAAGCGCGGAGAAGCACGAAGGUAUAAAGUCCAUGAUAAAAAGGAAGAUCAUGCUACCGCUGAAUUCGGUAUGGAUGAAUUUACAAGGAUAUUGCUUUAUAAAAUGAUUAAUAACCAACUCUUGGAGAGGGUCAAUGGAGUUAUUAGUAUAGGUAAGGAGGCUGUGAUACUUCACGCAGAUGCAGACCCAACUUUUCAAUUUGCUACUGAAGAAAGUCCGAAAGAAUGUGCUAUAAAAGUCUUCAAAACUACUCUUUCUGAAUUCAAACAACGCGACAAGUACAUCAAAGAUGAUCAUCGUUUCAAAGAUAGAAUCGGCAAACAAACUGCCAGGAAAACUGUCCAUAUUUGGGCUGAGAAAGAAAUGGCCAAUCUUAUGAGACUCAAAAAGGCUGGAAUUCUUUGUCCACAAGUUGUUACUCUCAAGAAACAUGUACUAGUCAUGUCUUUCAUUGGAGAAGAUCAUAAGCCAGCACCUAAGCUGAAAGAUGUGAAUGCUAAUGUGAUGAAAGAGUCUGGAUAUAUUACAGCAUAUAAUCAGGUGAUUGAUGCGAUGAAGACAAUGUACGAAAAGGCAAAUCUUAUUCAUGCUGAUUUAUCUGAAUACAACAUACUUUGGUACCAUAAGCAGUGCUACAUAAUUGAUGUCAGCCAAUCAGUUGAACCAAGCCAUGAAAAUGCCUUCAAUUUUCUAUUCAGAGACUGCACUAAUAUAAUAAAUUUCUUCUCAAAAAAAGGAGUACCCGACAUAUUAACACCUAACGAACUGUUCACGACCAUAACUGGCUAUGAUUUCCAAGACAAACUUGCCCUUUUGGACCUACAAGAAAGCUUCAAGCUCAAACCCCAUAUGGUCGACAGAUUGGGAGUGGAGUUGUCUGACAACUUUGAGAAGGCCUGGGAUCUGUCCAAUUCGAAAGUGGAGAAGAUGGUGCCUGAAGUGGAUUCAAAUUUGGUUGAACCAGCAAAAGCCUAAUAGUAAUGCCUACUUUUGCACAUAACUUUUCAGUUUUUCCUGUUUUUUCCAAUAUAUUUCUAUAUUAUUU